GUAAGCCAUUGAACGUAAUUAAUGUUUUCAACUAUUGUUUGCAUUAAUAGAGUAUUUAGUGUAUCGUUGAGUGAAAUCAAUAGUCAGUGUAUAAAGUAAUCACAUAUUUAUCGGUAAAUAUACUGUGAAAACACAGUGACUAAUAUCGGGUGACAAUGGAUAUGCAACACAGACCCGGCGGUAAAACUGGCAGCGGAGGAGUGGCCUCUUGGAGUGAGACUAAUCGCGACCGACGGGAACGGCUGAGACAGUUGGCCUUAGAGACGAUUGAUUUGGCAAAAGAUCCGUAUUUCAUGAAAAACCAUUUGGGAAGUUAUGAAUGCAAACUAUGUCUUACAUUACAUAACAACGAGGGGUCAUAUCUGGCACACACUCAGGGAAAGAAACAUCAAAGCAAUUUAGCCCGAAGAGCGGCCAAAGAUGCUAAAGACUCACCCGUAUUACCCGCACCCGCAAAGUCACGCGUCGACAUCAAAAAGUUUGUCAAAAUUGGUCGCCCGGGCUAUCGGGUCACCAAACAGUUGGAUCCAGAUUUCAACCAACAGUCGCUGUUAUUUCAGAUCGAUUAUCCAGAGAUCGGUGAGAAUAUUGCUCCGAGACAUCGAUUUAUGUCGGCCUACGAACAGAAGAUAGAGCCGCCCGACCGUCGCUGGCAGUACUUGUUGUUUGCUGCCGAACCUUACGAAACAAUUGGCUUCAAAGUACCGUCCCGUGAAGUGGACAAAAUUGAGGACAAAUUUUGGACGCUUUGGAACAAAGAGGCCAAACAAUUCUUUCUUCAGUUUGCAUUCAAAGUGGAGCCACAAAAACCAUCGCAACCACAGCAAUCACCACAGAAACAGUUUACCAACACUUCUUCAACGCCGACCAAUACUAACACCAAUACUGAGACCACACAACAGAGUCAGACUCAGAGCUAAUUGACACACAUAUUGACACAAUUGGCCAAACACUGGAUGUCAUUGAUUAUCAUUUUAUAAUGUAUUUGU